AUGCCUAACUCUCUUGUUAGCCAGAUGGCGAGCAAGCCAGCCCCUGUCCGAAAUUACGGCGGAACACCUCCGGGCAGCAAUCCUGCCGCGCCGCCAUUACCACAAAUCACACCUACACCAACAAAGGCAGAGACGCAAGCACCAGUCACUGCCGAUGAACUUGAACGGCUACGGAUGAUGGUCAAGGUCACUCCGCAAGACCAAGACUUGGCUCUUCGUCUGGCGAAGAGGCUCGUCGAAGCUUCAGAAGUUCUGGUGCCAAGUGUGGCCGACCCCAAAACUCGCGGGAGAGCACGAGAAAGAUACCUUGUAGACGCGCACAAGAUACUCAAGAAGCUGGCCAGUGCUCAAAAUCCCGAUGCGAUGUUCUUCCUCGCCGAUAGUCUCGGCAGGGGAAUGUUCGGAGCGGAACCAGACAACAAGGAGGCCUUCACCUUGUACCAGUCAGCUGCGAAGGCUGGUAACGCUGCUGCUGCCUAUCGCACAGCAGUGUGCUGCGAGAUUGGCAACGAAGAGGGCGGUGGCACUCGCAAGGACCCCCUGAAAGCAAUCCAGUGGUACAAGCGCGCGGCGACUCUUGGCGACACACCGGCCAUGUACAAGGUCGGCAUGAUCCUGCUCAAGGGUCUACUCGGACAACCCAAGAACCCCAGGGAAGCUGUCGGCUGGCUCAAGAGAGCGGCCGAACGUGCGGAUACGGAGAAUCCACAUGCCCUGCACGAACUAGGUCUCCUAUACGAAAGCGCCCAGCCGAAUGAUGUCAUCCUCCGCGAUGAGGCUUACGCCUUCCAAUUGUUCAAACAAGCUGCAGAUCUUGGAUACAAGUUCAGUCAAUUCAGGCUUGGCUGUGCGUAUGAAUACGGCCUGAUGGGUUGUCCGAUCGACCCAAGACUUUCUAUCAUGUGGUACUCGAAGGCUGCCACGCAGGAAGAGCAUCAAGCAGAGCUGGCACUCAGUGGAUGGUAUCUUACUGGCAGCGAGGGAGUCCUUGGACAAAGCGAUACCGAGGCCUACCUGUGGGCAAGAAAGGCUGCGAUGGCUGGCCUUGCAAAGGCGGAGUAUGCCAUGGGAUACUUCACUGAAGUGGGGAUCGGCGUACCUGCGAAUUUGGAGGAUGCGAAGAGGUGGUACUGGAGAGCAGCUGCCCAGGACUUCCCCAAAGCUCGCGAGCGCCUCGAGGAGCUCAAGCGGUCCGGUAAGAGCGGACCACGGCAACGCGAACGCAUCUCGCGAAGCAAGAUGGGCAAACAGCAAGGGGAAGAAUGCGUCGUGAUGUAG